AUGGGUUCCAUGCCGCAAUCCACCACCAUGCAGGCAGUACGCUACCACGGCCAGCGCGACGUCCGCCUCGAGACCAUUGACCGGCCAGACCUGCGCCCGGGCUCCGUCCGCAUCGCCCCCAAGUUCUGCGGCAUCUGCGGCACCGACGUCCACGAGUUCCUCGGCGGCAACAACCUCAUUCCCAAGCCCGGCAAGCCCCACCCCAUCACCGGCGAGACAUCGCCCCUCACCCUCGGCCACGAGUUCUCCGGUAUCGUCGAGGAGGUCGCCGACGACGUGACGACCGUCAAGAAGGGCGACCGCGUCUGUGUCCAGCCCAUCAUCUACGACGGCGACUGCCGCUCCUGCAAGCGCGGCCUCGUCAACUGCUGCGACCAGAAUGGCUUCGUCGGCCUCAGCGGCUGGGGCGGUGGCCUGUGUGAGUCCACCGUCGUCCCCUCGUCCUGCGUCAAGCUCCUGCCCGACAACGUGCCCCUCGAGGUCGGCGCCCUCGUCGAGCCUCUGUCUGUCGGCUGGCACUCUAUCAAAAUGUCCCCUUACAAGGAUGGCGACUCGGCCUUUGUCAUUGGCGGUGGACCCAUUGGUCUGGCUGUCGUCCAGGCCCUCGUCGGCCGUGGCUGCAAGAACAUCAUCGUCAGCGAGGUCUCUGGCAAGAGGAGAGCCUUUGCCACCCAGUUUGGCGCACACCACGUCCUCGACCCGCUCUCGCAAGACGUCGUCGAGGAGGUCCUCAAGUUGACGGACGGCCAGGGCGCUGACGUCGGCUUUGACGCCGCUGGCUCGCAGUACGCCAUCGACACAGCCUUUGAGGCCCUCAGCGCGCGCGCCACGCUCGUCAACAUUGCCGUCUGGGAGAAGAGGGCGCAGCUGAACAUGAACGAGCUCGUCUUCCGCGAGAGGUCGUACCUGGGCGUUGCCACCUUUGCGCUCGGCGACUUUGAAGAGGUCAUCCAGACCAUCUCCGACGGCAAGAUGGAGCCUUCUGGCAUGAUCACAAAGACUAUCAAGCUGGGCGAGAUUGUGGACGAGGGCUUCAUGUCGCUCGUCAACGACAAGGACAACCACGUCAAGAUCCUCGUCGACGUCGAGGCCAGCCUGGCGGCGACGGCGCACUAA